AUGGAUACGGGUGAUCGUGUUCUCUGCCACGCCUGCGGCCAGAUUGAAAUCCCUCCCGAUACAGACCCUGAGCCCUCGCCCUCGCCCUCGCCCUCACACCCACAUCCGGAUCCCCCCGAGUCCUUUCCAGGCCAGCGUUCGCCGACGCCGUCUUCAUCGAAUCCCUUUGCAGACCACAACCCUUGGGCACACACGGAUGAUAUUGAUGACGGUCACGGAUGGAGCAACGUUGUUGGCUAUCAGUACACCCAUCGCACUUUUCAAUCUCCCGGCGGCAACAUUCAUUUCUCUUAUCAUGCACACAGCUUGCCACCCCGCAGAGGACAGGCUGCGACCAGAGGAGCGGUCGAUGAUCCCACCGAUCCCAUACAACCCGCUUUUCACGGUUUCAAUUCGUUCUUUCAGAGUCUCACUGAGCUUAAUCGGCAGCGUGCUGCGCGCGCACAAGGGCCAGGGUCACCUGGUUCACCAGGCCGCCCGCAGCCGCGAAGAAGCUUUUUCGAUGAGAUAUAUGGGCCUGAUAACGGCCCCCAUUCCUCUCGUGGCCCUUUCGACGACGGUGCUGGAGGUUUGUUUCCUCGUGAUGCGGAUAGACCUCAGCCCAUGGGAUCACCUCUACGGAGUUUGGGAGAUAUCCUUGAGCUAUUCCACACCAAUCUCAAUAAUCUACAAGCUGGUCAGCUUGGAGAAACGGACAGACCUGGACGACCGAAUGUGCGUGUCGUGACAGGAGGGACUCCAAUCAGGGCACUUCUUGAGGUUCUCAUGGACAUCAGCCGUAAUGGGGAUGCUGUGUACUCACAGGAAGAGCUAGACCGGGUAAUAUCCGAACUGGUAGAGCAGAAUGGGAACCGCACUGCGGCUCCCCCGGCUGCUCAAGACGUCAUCCGUGCUCUUCCCAAGAAGCGGGCCGACGCGGAGAUGCUCGGAGGCGAAGGAACCGAGUGUUCGAUUUGUAUGGACGCUGUCAAAGUGGGCGACGAGGUCACCGUGCUUCCUUGCACACACUGGUUCCAUCCGCAGUGUAUUGAGUUGUGGUUGAACCAACAUAACUCUUGUCCGCACUGUCGACGCGGGGUUGAUCCGACGGCAGCGGACGCGAAUGCGACAAACACGAUGCCAUCAGGAACUGAAGGGACUGACGCCCAGGCUAGACAUUCGCCCUCGUCCUCGUCCAACAAUCGACCUCCAACUGCCUCUGCUGAAGAAGAAGGGUCUGGAUCUCGUCCGCGGACAACCAGUCGUAGCGAAAGUACAAGUUCGAAUUCCGGAGGAUGGACUGGUUGGGUUCGCAGUCGGCUUGGGGGAGGUGGAAGUUGAAGUCUGGUUUGUUUUCUUUCAUUUCUUCCUUUUCCGCCCCCUUCUUUGUUGUUCUAUUUUACACCCCUUGGAAGGAUCCAUUUAUUUUGAUUACCUAGCCAGAUAGACUUUGGGCAAGUCCGGACUGAACAGGCCUACGAUGUGAUGAACAACAGGAAAGGCAAUUUUGUGUGUACAGAGUACCUUUCUACGAAUGGAUGACGACGAUUCCCUAAUUCUGCUGAACGGGUUCUGUGACUGGUAGAAUUACAUAUACCUUAGUGAUCUCCACAUUGAGCUGGAGAUCUUUCUUCAGUGCCCCGGAUAGGCUUGCGUCUUGCCAGCCUUUUGCUCAUUCUUCAAGCAGCGAGGUGAAUCCCCAACAAGCGAGCGA